AUGGUUAAAGUUUGCUACACUUGUUCGCAUUCAGUAUCAGAGGAGUCGGUGGCUCCAAAUCUUUCUCUCCGAGCUGCAGUGCAGGCAUUCCGUCGGGAAGAAGAGUUACAGUUCUAUCGCUCACCUAAAAGGAGGAGAGAGAGAUUUGACCAGGAUAAGAGCAACUACGGCGACUCAAAUAUGAUGGAUCCACCAAGGGGUAGAGGUGUCCAGUUUCCAUUUGCUGUGACAGAUCGGGUUAUCAUAAAGGGGAACAAGAGGACACCACAGCGCUUUGUUGGACGUGAGGCUGUUGUAACAACACAAUGCUUGAAUGGAUGGUACGUUGUGAAGACAUUGGACAAUGCAGAGAGUGUUAAGUUGCAGUAUCGCUCACUUGCCAAAGUUCCAGAUGAUCCAUCCUCGAAGCCAAUGACAAGCAAGAUGGGACCAAACUGGUUGUAGACCUGCAGUUCAUAAGAUGGGCAAGUGAUACUUUGUUCCCCGUGUGCCACGGUUUGAUAUUUAAUCUAACUUGAAAUAUUUCUAUGUACCAUUAUUAUAGUGUUUUGUGAAAACCAAGAUCUGUGGUACGAGCCUUGUAAAUUAUCGAAAAGCCUUGUCUCACAUUGUAGCUUGAGGAAACCUUAAUGUUACAUUACAUACAAGAGUUCAACGCAUGUAAUCAUUUUUGUUCCA